AUGGCCCGACUAAACGAACCCCCCGUAUCUACAGAUAGCAUCGACACGCUACGCAGGAAGCUAUUGCGCCAAAACAGAGACCUUGCCAGAGCAAAUGCUGUUCACUUGAAUCGCAUCCACAACCUCGAAGCAGAUUAUUCUCGUUCCCUGUCAGAAAACCUCCAACUGAAUGGCCGAAUUAUUGAGCUGGAGAAGGAGCUCGAGGAUAGCAAUGCUCGGAGGAUAGCAGAUCAUGCCCUGGACAUCAGGUCCAGACUCGAAUCCCAGUUGAUGGACUGCAUGUCGCUUCUUUCCAACCUCGGUCAAGAACCUCCCACGAAAAGACACGCAAGCCCUCGAGGAAGACGGAUUUCCAGAGCAAGUCUGCCGCGUGGCAGCCCUCCCCAGAGACGGCCGCCACGCGAGCCAGUAAAGGACACAGAAGCUCGAGCGCUGCAAGAGGGCCGCCUGCCGCCUAUCACAGAGAACAAAUCGUAUCCAAGAGCAACACUUGACCGUGACCAGAUCCUCGCUCUGUGCUCAGAAGCCGCCGAUUCGACAGAUACAACAGACAACGCCGACACCACUGAUUCCCCCGAACUUGGUCCUCCACCGAUGUCCCGAUUCGUCGAUGCAGACUCCGUUGAUAUCGGAUCCCCCCAUCAACCCCUGAGUGCUACAGAACCGCAGGCAGCCACAAACAGCUCGCCGGGAAAAUCACCAUCACCAGCGCCAGUGGUACCUCCAGUACCCGUAUCCCGAACGACACAAAAGCCCGAGAGGAAUGUCAUUGUGCGGCCCGAUCCUGCAACCAAGACGGAAGACGCCAGGCCCGAUGCCAAGCGCCCACCCAAGGAGACUCCUAUCUUACCCCCCGUGCUUCCGAUCGUCGUUAAGGCUGGGUCAAAGAGGAAGCAUAGCAUGGGAGACGAUCUUGCCAAAAUCACAAAACUACCCGUCGAACCCACAAAGUCGAAACAGCUCGAGCAACAACGCCCGCUUGAGGCACGCGAACAACCUAGCGGACAGACUCUGAAAGAACUCGCCAACAGACGCCGUGAGGCUAGAGAACGAAUGUCGGCACCAGUCAACUCGAGAAAGCCUUUGUCGGCCAAGAGCACGAAUGACGACAUGGCUUCUCCUGUGAAGAGUUCCAAAGACGCAGCGAGUGACUUCAAGGUCGCCCUCGAGAAGCCGAAGCCGCGCGCCGCAAGUCAGCGGGCUGCGCAGAAGAUCAGAGAAGCCGAGGCAGAAUUACGAUCCGAGCCUGAGCCAAUCGAAGUUGUCAUUGCCACUGUGCCAUCACCGGCACCCACUGUUGACGUCCUGCCGAGUACAGAAACCGUACCCAUCGAAGCUGCCCUCCUAUCACCAGCAUCACCUGAGCCAGUGUCUAGAAUGAGCCUGCCGAGUGUUCGGGAUACGCCCCCACCAAACGACAUCUCUUCCCAGGGCGAAACUUCACGGCCAAGCAGGAGGGCGAGAGCUUCGGUCAGCUACGCAGAGCCAAAUUUGCGUGACAAGAUGCGACGCCCUACGAAGGAACUUUAUGACGCCGUUACUGGUCAGACGAGGUACCUUCAGCGUAGUGGCAGCGCCAGUUCGGACCCAUCAGCGGUGGAUGCGGCACCAAUAGUCAAACGCGAAUCUAGUGACGAUGCUACUUGGCAGCAGAUCGCGGCUGCUGCUGCUGCUGCUGCUUCGCCGUCUGCAAUCAGCCGGCAAAGUCAAAAGAGCCCCCACGAGCCCAUCGACAAAUCGACAUCGCCGGAACGGCUGCUCGCCGUGGCGAAACCACUUCGUAAAAAACGCUCGUCUGCCAUGAUGUCGGGCUCGAUCAGCGAGGGCGAAGGGCCGAGGCCUUUUCAACAAAACACUAGCAGCUCGACUCCCUUAGAGAAGACGCCCAGCCGCCAAUCGACAUUGUCGCCCGAGAGGGAGGCUGAUCCUUAUGAGUUCCCCGCCUCAACACCGGCUAGCGACACGUUUCGGGUUGCGGAUACAAAGGACCUCAGUUUGCCAGCGCGCCAGUCCAAGUCAUCAAGACGAGCGACGUCUGCAACGAGGGACGACUUCAGAGGGGAGGGGGCAGAAGUGAGCCAGCGACCCAAAUCGGGUGGGCCCCGAAAGAGAGCGUCGAUGGUCUUGCCCAAAAGGAAUCGCGCAGAAGCAGAAAGUGUCGAAGAUAGCAGCUUCGAGAGUGUGGAGAGCAGCAGCGACUUUCAGGAAACCAAUUCCAAAGUGUCGAUGCGGAGAAGGAGCAUGAUGUUGUAA